AUGAGGAGAUUCGCCUUGAUAAUAAUCAUCACAGUGGUUGUAAUAACGACUUGCAUAUAUUCGGUGAAGAGAACUUCCCCCAGGCAGAAUCUUCAGAUUUUGGAGAAGAGAAAGAAAAUAUCCUUUGUGAGAUACACCCAAACGAAGGACCAUAUAAGAAGUAGUAUCCUAAAGAGGAACGAAAAGCCAAAUCUGAGGAUCUACGGAAAAGAUCACAGGAACCCACACCUAGCAUACGAAUAUGUAAAUAAAAUAAUUGAGAACAAAAAGUAUGAAGUGAGUAAACUGUUGGAAGAAAAUUUUGAGGAAGACAAUCCUCUACAAAUAAGAUUGAAAUAUUUGCAACACACGAUGAAUAAUAAGUUGUCGGAGAGUCUGAAGAGGGCAAAUCCAGAUGAAAAGCACAGGUUGUCCAUGGUAGCUGACAUGAAGAGGAAAAUAUUUUGCAGUGUCUCUAGAGAGAAGGAAGGAAGUCAUUCCACGGUAGAUAAUGUGAUAAACGAAGAGGGAAUGUCUCCAAUGGAGGAAAGCAGUGGAAAAAAUACCGAAAAAAGAACACGCGUCUGGAAGGAGGAAAAUUACAUGUAUCAAAAUAAUUUUCUCAAUUUGGCAAAUCCAGGCAAUGUGAGUCUGAUGCUGCAUGAAAUAGGCUUCGAUGUGUUGAUAGUGAAUAUUGAUAAUUUAUCCACCCAGGGUAAUUUAAACGAUUUAUCUGAUGUGGUUAGAAGUUCGAGAAAGUUUUCUCGAAAUGUGCGCCCCGCAGUAGUGGUGGACGAUGUGAUCAUUCACCCUAUACAAAUUGCCCUCGCAGUGGAGAACAAAGCAGAUGGAGUUAUUUUAAAUUUAUCCUAUUUAAGGAAUGACCUAGAAGACAUGUUAAACUAUUGUGUUAAUUUAGGCACCCAAGCAAUUGUAGAGGUUCACGAUUACAAUGAUAUUUACUUCGCUACCCAGUGUGGAAGCUACAUUUUAAUGAUAAACGAAUUUGAUUUUCUGAAUAAUGAAUACGAGUACAAUCAUGCGAUAAAGGCUAUCAGUUACACCAUCCCUGAGUUAAUUACCAUUGCGAAAAUUAAUGUGGACGAUUUUAAUUAUGCACACAAGUUAGGUAGUCUAGGUUAUGAUAGCAUAUGUUUAGAAAAAAAACUUGUAGAUAAUGAUCUUCCCAAUUUUGUUGAGGCUUGUAAAAGUUGGAGUGCCCCUCACAAAACACUACUCUAUAUGAAUAGGAACAAUUACUUGAAAAAUUUUUUAACCUAUACGAAUAACCCUUCGGGGGAGACACACAAAGAUAUUACGGAAAAUUUGAAAAAAAUGUACGACGAUAAGAAUCUGACAAAUAGGAAUUCCCACGAACUUUUAAAAAAUUACGAAAGGGAUUUUAUCGAUGCGGUAGAGGAGGGAGCACUUGCUCAGUCGGCAGAUCCACAAGGCACACAGCAGGGGAAUAUAGACCCACUUCCAACGGGUAGUAAACAAAAUGGUAAUGGUCCCAUAGCGGAAGAAGGAGAAAAGGUAAAGGAUAACCUUCUAACGAGUGAUGAAAAAAAAAUCGUUCAAAAUUUUAAGAGAGAAAAAAAGAGAGAGAUAUACCUUCUGAACCAAAUGAGAGAUAUCAUAAAACAAGUGGAUGAUCAGUGCAAAAAUUACGAAUCCUUUUCUGAUGAUGAAAAUAAAAAGAAGGAAGAAAAAUUGGAAACCCUUUUGGAAAAUUUUACCAAAAUGGAUAAAAAUUUUCUAAGAGGGUUUUUUUCAGAUGAAGAAAUUAAGAACAUAGAGAAUAGCAUUAGGAAAUCCAUACAGCAAAAGGAGAAAAUCGAAAAGGGGGAAAUAAACAUUGAUGAAAACAGUGUGGCUAGGGACAUUUAUGGCUUUCCAGCUAACCAAGGGGAAAAUUUUGACAUUACUAAACUGACGAAGGAGUUCUUUGACAACGAUUCCGGGGGGGAGAAACAGUCAGAUGAGGAGUCGCACAAGUUGGGGCUUGAUUCCACGGGCGAUUCCUCAGAUGGGGCAUCUUCCAGGGGGGUGGACUCUCAGUAG